AUGCUCCUUGACAAAGGGACAGAUGUCAACACUCAAGGCGGCUACUUUGGUACCGCCCUCAUCGCUGCUUCCCAUGAGGGCCACGAAGAGAUUGUCCAGAUGCUCCUUGACAAGGGAGGAGAUGUGAACGCUCAAGGCGGCAGCUUUAUUAACGCCCUCCAAGCUGCUUCAUUUUGGGGCUAUAAAGAGAUUGUCCAGAUGCUCCUUGAUAAGGGGGCAGAAGUUAACACUCAAGGCGGCUACUAUAAUAACGCCUUCCAAGCUGCUUCCUAUGGGGGCUACAAAGAGAUUAUUCAGAUGCUCCUUAACAAGGGCACAGAUAUCGAUCCUCCAAGUAGCAACGUUAGCGACGCCCUCAUCGCUGCUUCCUCUAAGGGCCACAAAGAGAUUAUCCAGAUGCUCCUUGACAUAGGGACAGAUAUCAACACUCAAGACAGAUCCUAUAGUACUACCAUCAUAGUUGCUUCCUCUGCGGGCCACGAAGAGAUUGUCCAGAUGCUUCUUGACAAGGGGGCAGAUGCUAAUACUCAAGGCGGCUGCUAUGGUAACGCCCUCCAAGCUGCUUGCCUUCCAGGCCACAAAGAGGUUGUCCAGAUGCUCCUUGACAUGGGGACAGAUGUCAACACUCAAGACAGCUCCUAUAAUACCGCCCUCAUAACUGCUUCCUCUGAGGGCCACACAGAGAUUGUCCAGAUGCUCCUUGACAAGGGGGCAGAUGUUAACUCUCGCGAUAAUGACGGUCGAUCAGUUCUAUCGUGGGCAGCGCAGUAUGGGCAUGAGACUGUAGUCCAGAUGCUUCUCAACACAAGAAAGGUUGACGUCGAUUCGAGAGACAAGCGUGGUCGAUCAGAAAUGUCAUGGGCGGCUGAAUACGGACACGAGGCUGUCCUGGAGGUCCUUUUUGACACGCAAACAGAUGUUGUGAUCUCAAGUAACGACGAACGGAACCUGCCAAUGUGCUUCUCUGACAACAGACAAGUUGAGGGUGUUUGCAAACAAACGCUGGAGUCACUUGCUGCAUCAUUGAAAAACAAUUUUACCCUGAGUCAGUGUCUUACAUGGGGUGUUGGUGUCAAUUCGAAGGACAUCGACGGUGCUACGCCGAUUUUGUGGGCUACGAGAGAGGGUCACAAGGAUACUAAUCUUGCGACAACGACGGACGUACAGCGCUCUCUUGGGCCGCCGGAAAAGGUUAUCUGGAUAUCGUAUCAUUGCUCAUUGGGAACAAAAAGGUAG